GUGGACAUGCAGAAGGCAAUGGCCGCCCAUGAGCACAACAAGAAGAAGGCUUUGGAGCCGCGGGUGACCGAGCCGAUCAUCCUCCCCGAGAAGAAGAUCGAGCCAGCGCCGCAAAGGGCGCCCGCCCGUGCACCCACGCCUGAGCCUGAACCUGCGAAGUCACAGCCACAACCAGCCGCUGAAACGACGGUGCACCCAAACGCUACGGCUGCUGCCAUUGCGCAGUAUGGCUUUACCUACGACAUGUCUGCACUUUACGCUGCCUAUAACCUGGCGAUGCCAACUGUUGGCAACAUGGGUGCUGUCAACAUGAUGCCUGGGUACAGCUUCCCGAACGUAGACGUAACAGCCGCCAUGAAUCAAACGGCUACCGCAGGGGCUGCUACAGCCCCGCAAGCUGAUGCUGCGGCAGCAGCCCCCACGGAGGCUCCGACAUCCUCUAAAGCCGCCGCUGUGGGGGAACCUGCAUCGCGCGAGGAGACCCUUGGGGCGGCAAUGGCCAAGUCAGGCAUGGCCAUGGCCAAACAGAAGGCACAAGGGACUCCUCCACCCAAGGCAAACAUGGGGAAUGUGGUGCCCGCAAGGACUCUGCCCAAGGCUGCACCAACAAUGGCACCCACCACUGCGGAGGCAGCGGCCGCAGCCGCUGCCGCCACUGCGGCACCUGUCGCUGCGUCAGUGCCGCUGGCAGCCGCUGUUCCAGGAGUUCCAGACCUCAUCAGCAAAUCCAAGGCUGUGGCCGCGGCAGCAGCCCCCACCGAAGCACAGGACUUUGGCCAGCCAGUCUUUGCGAAGCACCCCCAGUACUCUCCACCUCCGAAGGCCGGCGGUGAUGCAAAGGCCGAGAUUAAGUUCGCCUUG